CGAGGUGUCCCCCCCCCCCCCAAAUCGUUAGCCUACGUGCCAGCGUGGCGGCCAUGUUGGCAGGGGUAACGUUUCCAUCAAAGGCAAUGCAUGGACACGGACAUCAAGUCGUAGUUUGCUAAUUUCCCAAACGAUUUUCAUGAAGUUUACUUUUUGUUUUUGUAAAUGUCAAAACCUGUGCUAACAAUACAAAACAUUGAGAACAAUACUGGUGAAUAUUUAUUCCCAGUUCCCUUGUUGUGAUUGUACAGUGUUGUGUGCAACCGUUUGCAGCACAAGUGCCGGGGAGGCAUCCUUGUUCUUUUCUGCUUUCUUGCCGUCCACACGCAUUGGAUAUGCUGAGGACUUCGACCCUCUAAUUUUAACGCCAUAGUAGACAUGCAUUGUAAAAAGGGGCGUGUCGUAUCAACACAAUCAUUUAGUAAACCCAUCACCACGGGCCCGCCCUAAUCAGGAACCGGCUCUUGUCAUAAUCCGAACAUUUUCUCUUUUAAAGUCAGCGUUUUUCAAAACAGCGUUGUAAGGCAGCGCUGAGACUCCCGAGGCACUAGUCUGUGUUUAGGUUUCGUUAUUACAGCACAAGGUCUGUAUCGCUCAGUGAGACAAGAUUCUUCAAACAAACGACAACGGUACAAUUUGACAAGGAAGACGAGCGUCUGCAGAGUGAAGGUGCAAAAAAGGAGCAGAAACUUUAGUCAACGCGCUCAAGUCCCGUGUAGAACUAUGGAACUGUCGCUGGCUCACCCAGCUAUCAAAGCCUUCAUGUGUGGCGCUUUCAGCGGAACCUGUUCCACACUGCUUUUCCAGCCCCUCGAUCUGGUCAAGACACGUCUGCAAACGUUGCAGAGCAGCGUGCAGCCUGGUUCUGGUCGCGUCGGGAUGAUGAGAGUCCUCUUGAAUGUUGUGCGGAAAGAGAGGCUGCUGGGACUGUGGAAAGGAGUCUCACCGUCGUUCAUGAGGACCAUCCCUGGUGUGGGACUCUACUUCAGCACUUACUACUCAUUAAAGCAGCACUUCUUCCAGGAGAAGAGCCCGGGGGCCUUGAGUGCUGUGCUACUGGGCGGUGGGGCCAGGACGGCUGCUGGGGUCCUCAUGCUUCCUGUUACGGUCAUCAAGACGCGAUAUGAAUGUGGCAGGUACCAUUAUGAAAGUGUCACAAGGGCUCUAUGCAAUGUGUGGCGGAGUGAAGGUCCUGGGGCUCUGUACUCUGGCCUGGUGGCCACCCUGCUCCGGGAUGUUCCUUUCUCUGGAAUAUACGUCAUGUGUUACAGCCAGAUGAAGACCAAUUUGCCAAAAGAGGUCAACAUGUCUGCUUUCGCUCCUGUGGCUAACUUCAGCUGUGGGAUCUUAGCGGGGGUGUCCGCGUCGCUUGUCACCCAGCCUGCUGAUGUGGUCAAAACUCUCGUCCAAGUGAACCCCCAGUUGAGGACGUCUGACGCUGUCAAAUAUAUCUAUACAGAACACAGGCUUCAGGGCUUCUUAAGCGGGGCAGUGCCACGCUGCCUUCGGAGGACGAUGAUGGCCGCCAUGGCAUGGACCGUAUAUGAGCAGAUGAUGGCAUACAUUGGACUGAAGUCUUGAAAAAGAAAGUCAAGGCAAUUUGACGCAUAAGAAAGAUGAGAUGGGGUCAAGUGGGAAAAAGAGGAAAAACGCCCCAUGUGGAGUUGCUCCUAAUGGGUUACAAGUACAGUACAGUAUUUGUUGUUAUUAGGAGAUGGCGAUGUGGACAAAGUCAACUGGUGCUGGAAGAAAGAAGUCAAAGGUCGACUUUUUCACUUGUGUUUUAGGGCUUGUGCCGAGGUUUGUUUAACAAAUACUUGUAUUUUUAAUGAGUAUUUUUGAAUGUGCGUCUAGAUUUGUCACAGUGUAAACAUAUCUCCGGAAGAGUUCCUGUACAAGAGUUGUUCACCACUGGGCCCAAACCGUAAGACGUACAUGAUGAUGUUCUAGAAAAGGCUUUGACUUCUGUAAUACACGCUGGUAUCUUGGA